UGCUGCUUGGUCAAGUGAGAAAGUAAUAAACCUUCAGAAGAGCUAAUUAUUAGCCUGAAGCAGACAAUGAUCAGUGAGCAAUAAAAUUAAUGCGUUUUACUCUUCUCCAUGGUCAUCACUGUCAAAUGAUCCGUGAAUCUUCACCAUUACUUGGUGUACAUUCAGAAAUCUAGCACAGGUACAUGACACGUACUGAGGAGAAUGAAUAACACCAAUCGAGAAAAUCUUCCAUGGCAAAUACGUCAGGUUCUGGUUCCUACUCUGGAUGCAAUGGUCAUGGUGAUCGGGUUGGUGGGCCACUCGCUAGUCAUCUAUAUCCUGACCGGAUACAGGAGAAAGAACGGAUCCCUGUUAUUUCAAGGAACAGAUACAUUACUUUUGGCCUUGAGCGCCUCGGAUCUACUGCUCAUCCUCUGCUUGCCCUUCCACACCGCUGCUAUUGCAUUAGGCUACUGGCCCUUCAGCAGGCUCCUUUGCAAAACCAUCAGCUUCCUGGGCGUGGCCUGCAGCUCGGCGAGCGUACUGACCCUAGCCGCAUUAGCGGUAUCACGCUACCUCAUUGUGGUGCACUCCACCUGGUCAUUUCGUUUAAGAAUGGAACGCUGGAUCCGUUUUUCCGCGAUUCUAAUGUGGGUGCCGGCGAUCUCACUGGGUGCACCUCAGUUCGCUUUCCGCACCGUGAGUUCUACUCCGAUCCUCUGCUUUGCCUUUCUGUCGAACCUCAGCCAGGUGGUCUACAGUGCCAUAUUGUUCCUGGUCGGCUUUGCUCUGCCCUUGAUCAUCAUUGUCGUCAUGUACUGCAAACUUUACAGAUUCCUACAGAGGACGCGACUGCGAGGUGCAGCGCCACAGCUGGAACGCUACCAACGACAGGUCACCCAGACGUCGGCCCUGUUGGUGUUGGUUUUUACCCUCUGCUGGUUGCCAUCCUACAUCUUCAUGUUCCUGCUAGCUUGCGGUACACACAGCACACAAGUGUACUUUGCCGUCAUCGCCCGCUUACUGGCUAGCUCCUCGGUCGUAGCCAAUCCGGUGCUCUAUGCUUUCAUGUCCCACAAGUUCAGACAAAAAAUGUUAGCAUUAGGGCGAAUGCAAUGCAGACGUUGCACGUGUGUUUCAGGAAGAACCAUAGUGCAGCCAUUUAACCCAGUGGAGGAGGAAACCCCUUCCUAACACUAACCCUGACCGGCUAUAAAUCAACAAAGUCAAUAAUGGGCCUAAUAACAGACUGAGAUAAGACACAAAGGACAAGGCAAAUCUUUCA